AUGUCUUUGGGAGAAGUUAUCCAUUUAAUUGGAUUUUCAAUUCGGACCUACCUCAUUACAGGAGCUCAGAGAAGCGAGUCGGCAGGACCCGCGACGCCACAGCCGACGAAGCCCCAGCCCGCCCCCUUAGCGCUGCCGCUGCGGCCGCGCUCCUCCCAAGCCGCGCCGGGGCUCCCGUCACCCCGCCGGGCUCCUCCUCCCUCGUCACUGCCCGGGCUCCUCCUUCGCCGCCGCUCACGCGCCGGGAGCGGUGCCAGGCCGAGGGGCCGAUCGGGGUCGAUGCUGCGCGGGGCCGCGCUGCUUCACCGCAUCCUGGGCGGUGGCAGCUGCUGCUGCUGCGCGGCCCGCGGCUGGGCGGGCGCGGCGGGCGGCGGCUUCCGCCCGCGGGCCGCCCCGGGGCUGCCGCCGGGCCGCGCUUGGGACCGGCCCGCGGCCGUGGCGGCGGUGCCGCCGGGCGCCCGAGGGCUGCGCUGGGCCGGUAAAUUUUACCAACAUGCCCCCACUGAGACCUCCCAAGCCACCCUAGCCAGCGUGUCUCCUGUUUUUGCAGUGAUGAAGUUUGACAAAGAGGGAAAUACUACCUAUUUUGAAAAGAAGAAAACAGAAUUGUACCAGGAGUUGGGUCUUCAAGCUCGAGAUCUAAGAUUCCAACAUGUGAUGAGCAUUGCAACCAGGAACAACAGGAUCAUCAUGAGAAUGGAGUUCUUGAAGGCUGUCAUAACACCAGAGUUUCUUCUGAUACUAGAUUAUCGUAAUUUAAGUCUGGAACACUGGCUUCUCAAUGAACUAGCAUCUCAGCUGGCUGGGGAAGGUCAACUAGUCACAUAUUCCCUGCCCUUUGAAUUCCGAGCCAUAGAAGCAAUUCUGCAGUACUGGAUCAGCAAACUGCAGGGAAGACUUAACACUUUGCAGCCUCAGAUCCUUGAGACACUGGAAGCCCUAGUGGAUCCCAAACUUUUAUCUGUGGAUAGGAGUAAACUACACAUUCUUCUGCAAAAUGGCAAGAGUUUGUCAGAACUGGAAACAGAUGUUAAAGUUUUCAAAGAAACGAUUCUGGAGAUCUUAGAUGAAGAAGAAGUAAUAGAAGAACUCUGUCUGUCUAAAUGGACUGAUCCACAAGUAUUUGAGGAGAGUACAUCUGGGAUUGACCAUGCAGAGGAAAUGGAGCUGCUGUUGGAGAAUUAUUACAGACAAGCAGAAGAUCUUUUAAAUGAAGCUCGUGAACUCAGAGUACUAAUUGACGACUCAGAAAGCAUCAUCUUUAUCAACCUGGACAGCCACCGUAAUGUGAUGAUGAGGCUGAAUUUGCAGCUGACCAUGGGGACUUUCUCUGUCUCUCUCUUUGGACUCAUAGGAGUUGCAUUUGGUAUGAACUUGGAGUCAUCCCUUGAAGAGGACCCCAGGAUAUUUUGGUUGGUGACAGGGAUUAUGUUUCUGGGAAGUGGUCUGAUCUGGCGGCGCUUACUUUCCUUCCUUGGGCGGCACCUGGAUCCUCCGCUACCUCCUCACGUUCCUGCAGUUUUGAAAAAAUCCCAACCAGCAGCUGGAAGAGUGGAGAUAAAGACCAGCCUUAAAGGAGAAACAUUUGGGCUGAGCAGAAGCACAUUAACAAACCAAUAGGAACAGCAGGAAUGAAGAGACUUUUGUUACAGGGUGGACUUUGGACACUUCCCUUGUAUUUGUUUUUCCUUACUGAAAACUCCAAGAAUUUCUAAACUUGCUAAUUUAAUAUAGAUUUUGUGUCAAAAACCUACAAUGAAAUUUUGAAUGCUCAUGCACAUAAGGAGAGAAACAUGAGGGCAAAUAGCAAAAUGCUUUCUAUAGUUGUUUCACCUCCACCCCAUGUGUGUGCCUUUAGUUUUCUGUAUCACAUACAUGUACUUACUUUUUGGGCAUUCUCAUUUUUAGUGUUUCUGUCAAAUACUGCUUUGCUUAAUGGCAUUUCUAACAGAGAACAGAUUUUUUGGGUUAAAGAAGGAAGCAGUCAGGAUUGAUCAAUAAUUCUGGUUCUGAACUGCAGAUUUAGGAAUCUGACUCCAAAGACAAAUCCAAGAGUGACUUCUUGAAUGGAUUUUUAAGGCCCUAUUUAAUUGCAGAGAACAGGUUUUACAAAUCAAAAAGCAUACCUGCAUCUCUCAUGAAGCAUGACUUCUAGAUUGGCAGCAAUGAGGAAAAAAAGGAGCAAUAAAAGGCUUUGAAAUGUAGCUGCUAAUCUUGUAUGUUUCUUAACAAUUAAUUUAGGCUCCAAACAGCGGUUCUAGGAACAGGGCAAACAGGCCUAUGGAUAAUGUCCACUUGCAUUUUCCAUCUGACACUGUUUCAACACACAUUGAUAAAGCUGCAGUUUAACACCUCCUUGUGUUGCCAUAAUUCAAAUUCUGGUAAAAAUCAUCAGGUGAGUUGUUGGUUUUUCUUAAGGUGGGCUCUGCUUUCUCCCUUCCCUCCAAGACAAAGCAUGGACUAGCCUGCACCACAGUAAGUAGCCAGGUUAGUUAAAGGUCUGGAAGUGUCAUGGCCUGUGGUAGGCUGAAGGAAGGAGUAAAAGCCUUAUGUCAGCUAUUUCUGUUUGUUCUUAGGGCUUCUCUUUAAGGGUGCAGUUCUCCACUGGUUUCUCUCCGGUUGUAGAGGGAGCAUGAAAUGUGUCUAAAUCACCUCACACUCUGUCCAUUUCUUCUUUGGGAUCUCUUUAAUCUAUCUGUAACACAGUGAGCAGCUUCAUAGGUACUACCACAUAAAUCAUUGUACUGGCAGGGGUUGAAAAGACAGUAGCUGUAGCUGUAAACAUUGUUCUCAGGACUGAGUCAAAGAUGGAAAUAAAAAGGUUCAUAAAUUAAAGGUGUCCAGGCCUGUAAUUCUGGUUUGCUUAAAGUCAAUUGUAUGUAGUUACUUUCCAACAUUUUUCUCUACGUGACUUUAAGUACAGAUACUAAUGGCAUGAGAAGGUGAGAAGGAUAAUGGCGCUUGUAGUGCUUUUGAGUUUUUAGCAGAUUUUUUUGCAGCUUUUAAGCUUAGCAGGUAAAGUAAUAAAAAAUCUCCCAGCUGAGCAAUCCAAUGGAAAAAAACAAUGAUUCACAUACCUUGGCUGAUAAACCCCAGGAAUCUCAGUGUGUGAAGGGAGAUAGAUGCUGAUGUUUUCAAAUGAGCUGUAGUUUCUUUAGGCCAGAACUGAUAUGUGUUGGUGCAGCUGUUAGGGAAGCUUUCUCAUAAGCAUUUUUGCAGGGAGACUUCUGUGAACUCCUUUUGACUCUUCACCUGUAUGUAACUGACUCAAAGCACAAUAAAAACAUGGAGCAAAAGACGUGUCUCCUACACACUACUUUUUAUCUCUACACAAAUGAAAAUGUUUAAAGAUUUUCUUACAAUUCAAGUAAUCAAAAUGCAGUCAAGUGCAUUACAUGAAGGUCAUACAUAGAAAAAAGCCAGUGGAGAGUGUAUGUUCAGAAUGGAAUUGCUACAGAACAUGCUGGUUUUGUCAAUUUUGAUUCGAAGAGAAAAUCUUUAUACUGCCCUUAAAAGCACACUUCUUGUUUUGCCUCAUACCACGGUUAACAGAUUUGUAACAUAAGUACUGCAGUCCUAGUUGUAGCCAGUUCUUUCACAAAAUUCAGAUUUAACUUCUUUUUUAAAGAGUUCUGCUAUAUGGGCAAGUCCUCAAAAUAGAUACCAGAAUGCAUUGUACAUCAAGCUAAUGUUCACCUUGCCUUCUUUGAUUUAUUUAGAAGAACAUCCUUGAGACAGAAUUCGUAGAAAGGUAGGUUGAGGUGUUUAGUUUUGGAGUAUGACCUUUAGAAUUCUGUGCAAUUGUAUUUAAAAUAAAAAUAAUGCCUUGCCUUUGUGAAGGAGGCAAGAGAAAGAAAACACACAUAUGUGUCUACAGACAAGCAUUGGUAAUAAUAGUAUCAACACAUUCUGCUGCUCAAGUUGUUUAAUAUAUAAUUGAUGCAUACUGUUAAAUCUGCCUCAUACAAAAUUAGUGUUAAUUAGUUAAAGACAAUAUUGUUAACAAUAAAAGCCAUUAACAACUCU